AUGCUUGAAUACAUCGCCUACCGCAAGUUCAAGAAGAACAGGGACCGAAAGGUUGAGGAGAGGACCAAACUCCAGGAAGAAGCUGAAGCAGCCCGGUCGCGAUCCAAGUCACCAACAGCCAGCUCCUUGGGACCAGCACCCGGCCCUGUGCUCUCGGAUGAUGAGCAGCUCUUCUUCGAGAGGCUCACAUCUGAGGAUGGCUUCUCCGACGAAAAUGGAAAGAGGCCACCCCUACCGCCUAGGAUGAAGACGCCCGACUGGGACAGCGAUACCGACAGCUACGUCAGGAACGAGGAUGCCGGGCCCAAAGAAAAGGGCAAAGGCAAGGAGAAGACUGGCGACAUCAAGAGGAGCGACAGCAAACAGCAGCCCUCGCGCUUCUCUUUCUUCACGCGCAAGACGGCAAAGAACGACCUCCAGCCCACCAACCUCGCCGUGCCCCAGGCCGAAGAGGAGCGCGAGAAGGACGACAUCAACAAGGUCCUGGACGACCUGAACCUGUCUGCGCGCAAUAACAAGGCCUUCAGCCUGUCCAAGGAGUCCGCCGAGAUGGUGGGCAUGUUCACGGUCGUCCUGAAGGACCUGGUCAACGGCGUGCCCACCGCCACCAACGACCUCAAGAAGCUCUUUGACGACCACGACGGCACGCUGGCCAAGAACUACGAGAAGCUGCCCAAGAGCAUGCAAAAGAUGGUGACCACCCUGCCGACCAAGGUCACCGGCGCCCUCGCGCCGGAGCUCCUCGCGGUGGCUGCAGAGUCGCAGGGCCUCAAGGGCGACGAUGCCCCUAAGGGGGGCAUCAAGGACCAGGCCAUGAAGCUCCUGGUGCCAAAGAACAUCUCUGAGCUCGUCACGAAGCCCAGUGCCAUAGUGGGAAUGCUAAAAGCCAUCAUGAACUUUUUAAAAGUACGCUGGCCGGCAUUCAUUGGCACAAACGCUAUCUGGAGCGUAGCACUCUUUUUGCUCAUGUUUGUGCUCUGGUACUGCCACAAGCGCGGUCGCGAGGUCCGCCUCGAGCGGGAGAAGUCCGCCGGUGCUGUCGAGGCGGGCAGCCGUAUUGAGGAGCUCUCGGACGAUGACUCUGUCGUUGAGUCACGGAGUGGGCGUGCGUCCCCGAAGCGAAUCGAAAGCUCAGGGGCGAACUCGCGCAGGAAGUAG